UCUUUGCGGCGAAAACGUGAGGUCGGUGGCAAGCUUGUGAACAUUUGUGAAGUUACAAGUGGAAGGGGAAUACACUUAGACAUGGAUAGAAAAGGUGAUGGUAAAGUUAAGGCUGAGCUGAUUAUGGCAGCUGAAAGACCUGAAGGGUUUCCCCCUAUCGAGAGCAUUCUCCCUAAGGCGGUGAAGAGGAGGGUCCACGCCUUGAAGAGGCUGCAGCUCCAGUGCGCUCACAUCGAGGCCAAGUUCUACGAGGAAGUCCAUGAGCUGGAGAGAAAAUACGCCGCCCUCUACCAGCCACUGUUUGACAAGAGACGAAGUGUGGUGUCCGGAGCCGUGGAACCCACCGAUGAAGAGUGUGAAUGGCACAGUGACCGAGAGGAAGAUGAAGAUCUCACUGAGGGACUCAAGAAAAAAGCUGUGCUGGAGGAGAAGAGUGAAGCCGGAGAGGCCCCCAAGGGCAUCCCAGAGUUCUGGCUCACCAUCUUCCGGAAUGUUCCCAUGCUCGGCGAGAUGAUGCAGGAACACGACGAACCUAUCCUGAAGCAUUUGCAGGACAUCACUGUGAAGUUUUCUGAACCUGGACAGCCAAUGAGCUUCACCCUGGAGUUCCACUUUGAGCCCAAUAAUUAUUUUAGCAACACAGUCCUCACCAAGCUGUACAAAAUGAAAGCUGAGCCGGAUGCGGCGGACCCCUUCUCCUUCGAGGGCACUGAGAUAGUGGACUGUGAAGGAUGCCAGAUCAGCUGGCAGAAAGGCAAAGACGUGACGAUGAAGGUCAUCAAGAAGAAGCAGAAGCACAAGGGCCGGGGCACGGUGCGCACUGUCACCAAGCAGAUCCCUCAGGACUCCUUCUUCAACUUCUUCAGCCCCGUCAAGGCAUCUCCAGGAGACAGUGAAGUGGAUGAGGAGCUGGACUUCACCCUCGCUGCAGAUUUUGAAGUGGGCCAUUUCUUCCGCGAGAGAAUAGUCCCGAGAGCAGUGCUGUACUUCACUGGCGAGGCCAUGGAAGAGGAGAUGAGUAUUGACGAAGAGGAGUAUGAGGAAGGUGAUGAGGAGCAAGAGGAAGAGGGUGAUGAAGAUGACGAUGACGACUAUGAGCCCAAGGCGUAGUCCUCUCUCCCUUCAUGCGUUUCUAGACAGACGAGCCCCCGCCUACUGAGUGCAAGCAGCAGUAAGGUGGGGAUUGGACUGGUGAGCUGUCCAUCAAACUGGCCCCUUCCCCCCCCCGAUCCAGCAGGAUAUCGUACUUCCGCAGGAGAAGGUCCCUACCAAGCGCCCUAAAAAACAAAUGUAACAGCAGAACACUGUUCAGAAAUAUGUAUUUGUGACUUUGUGUCAAUAUUUAUGUCAAUUGGUUGUUGUUUUCUGUCUUGAUAUGAUGUGGUUUUGUACAAAAAGGUGACCUUGUAUUCAAGUCCACCAUCCAUAGUUUGCGCUACAGCUGUCUGUUAUGAAGAGCCAGUGUGCCACUGGGAUGUACUGUGUCAAAUGACCACUUUAAAGUUAAGGGAUGGGAAAACCGUCCAGUGAAAUCCCUCCGUUUCACACUUGUCUCUCUCAGGGUCUUUUUACAGCAGUUCUGACAGAGGACAGAACUGACCCCAAAGAUGGCUCCAGAUUUUACCCAAUGCCUCCCAUUCUGUGUCUGUGUCUGUGUCCCAGUAUCUAUUUAAAGAAACUUGAGAUUUGAGUUGUUUCCUCUGUCAGUGCUGGUGGUCAACAGCUGGCUAAAGUAUGCCAUGAAUUUUAAAAGUCAAGUCCGCUGCUGUUGCCUUUGCCUUCGCUCAGACAUUAUCACCCAUGAUAAUUGUGUGCUGCCAAAUUGUAUCUUUUCAAAUAACAAAGAUAGGUUGGAGUGGUUUUCGAAAUGUACUGUAUUUGUGUCUGUUGUUUUUUUGUAGGUUUUUUUUUUUUGUAACACUCAUUUAUUGUAGAUGUGUCAAAGUUGCGAGAAGUUUUGACACUUAUGAGAGCAACAUUUUCUCAGCCAAUAUCUGUGCACAUCUGUGCACAUCUGUGCCAUCAUCAUAAUCACAAUGAUGUCUUUGACUUCAUCCUGCACUGGAAACCAUUGUGGAGAUACCCUGACCAUCUAUGUCUGUCCAACAUUCAGAAAUAAGUACACGCUGCAGUAGGAGACCGGAGGUCACCUCGUGAUGCACUUUGACCAUGGGCUGCCAACUUUUGUCACCACGCUUUGGAGUGGUGAAUUUACUCAUAUGCAUGUCUGCCUAAAACGCACAGUGACUUGGGGGUGGACAGUAGGUCUGGCUCGUGGAGGCAAGUGGUUGGGUGGAUCUCUUUAUACCGUGACGAGCUCGUUUAUGUCCAUAAACUUGCAAUGGCCUUAGUCGUCUAUUCUCAGAUUUGUUAUGCAAUGUUAUUUUUUUAGUUUAUACAGACUAGUCAUACAACUAUAUUCAAUAAAGUUUAAAUUUGUGCAAAAC